AUGGCCAAGACUGAUCGGACAGUGUCCCGAACCGAGGACUGGCCCACAAGUAUUGACUCCAAGACUACGGCAUACGGACCCAUUCCCCGUUAUCAAGCCCUGACGAUCCGGAUCGGUUACCGAGGCCCUCUGCGCCUCUUACGCUCACGCCCGGCUCAACGACUCAUUUGCCUCAUUCUGGCCUUGGCUGGUCUCCAGCUCUACCUGCUACACUCCAAAUAUUAUAAUGCCUUGGCUGCGAAGUACUCGCCCACUCUGUUCACCAGAUUGCCUCUCAGAGACGAAGACCUUCUUGGAUCCACCCAGUGGCAGGUGGACACUGACGAUCAAAAUCAGAGGCGGCAGCAGCUGCUAAAUAGCCGAGAGCAAUGGAAGCGAUUGGGCUCUGGAUGUGAAGGGGACACAUUUUCCUUCAACAGCUCGGUCAUCAAAGUUUUCAAGCCUGAGCGUAGCCCAUUAAGGAACUGUGUACCACAUACCGAGUCUAGGCUGCGCUGGCCGCCAGAAGUUCCAAUCUCGAUUCUCCUAGGGGGACUGUCGGAACAGCAUGACGCUGCCAUCCCAGACCGCACCGACUUUCUCCCAGUCUAUGAUUACUUCCUCUUACCAACUGGGGACGGUACGCCCGGGCAGUGGCAUCUUGUCACCCCUUUCUUAGAGACUGGCACUCUGGAGCACCUGGCUCGGAGGGUACAGAAUGAAAGCACAUUGCAAACCGCUGAUGACGUCGAUAUGCGCUACCGCCCAUCGUUUAGCCGACUCUUGAAAGCGCUCAGCACAAUGCACUCGCAGCAGCUUUGUCACGACGACAUCAAGAUGGACAACAUUUUCGUCACAGACAGUGCUCAGCCCUCAGGCAACACGAGUUCCACCCCAAGUGAAAAGGAGGCGCAUUGGCUCCUUGGCGAUCUCGGAAACGCGCGACAACCCAACCACAGCUACCACUCCUCACUCCUCUGGGCGCACGACAAUGGCCAAAAUACCGACUGCCGUGUAAACGAUGUUGUCCGGCUUCUCAAGUCGUAUCUCUUAUUCCUUCAGGCUGCGGUCACGGCUGGGGACUCUGGCAAUGCUUUCAACGCGGCUUUCCUCGCCGCAUCAGCGCGGUGGAGUCGACUCUACUGGUACACCAUCAACUCUGCUCGUGGGCAACUGGACGGGGCAAUAGCAGCUCGACAGAUACUCGCAAUGUCAACAGGGGCCUUUGCGCCCGGCGAGCCAGGAGGCGGCUCUGGCCAGCCAGCAGCUGCGAAUGGGAAUGAGGGCGAGUGA